AUGAAUGGGAAUUCUUAUUUCAAUCUAAUAAAAGUGUGGAAUGUUGGAGGAGAUGGGGAAAUAGUAAGAGUGCAAGUGAUGAAGGAUGAUGGCAAGUUCAAAUGGACAGAUUUGAGGCAAAAUUGGGGUCAGAAUUGGGAUACAGAUGUUAGGUUAGUGGGAGAGAGAUUGAGCUUCAGGGUGACAGCAAGUGAUGGAAGGUCCAGUGUCUCAAGGCGUGUCGCCCCUAAGUAUUGGCAGUUUGACAUUAUCUCCCCAUGGAGAUAUGAAGCUUAUAACAAUUUUGAAGGAGGUCACAGAGUGGGCGUUACCCGCAAGCAUCAUCGCCCCAAGUUUAGCCCUAGCCAAUGGAAGGAGGCUCAUGCUACCUUCUAUGAAGGAAACUCCGGAACAUUUGGAGGAGCUUGUGGGUAUCAAGAUGUGGUUAAAGAAGGUUAUGGGCUUGACACAACAGCAUUGAGCACAGCUUUGUUCAACAAUGGCCGGACAUGUGGGGCAUGUUUCCAGAUCAAAUGUGUAAACUCUCAAUGGUGUAAAGGCCAAUCCUCUAUUUAUGUCACAGCCACCGACCUUUGCCCUCCAAAUUAUAGUAUACCAAGUGACAAUGGAGGAUG